AUGCAACAUCGAGCAAGACUUGACAUGGCCUCAUAUCGUCCAACAGCGGAGUUCGGUGCAGAUCGCACCCUAAUUAUCGUCCCGGGUAGUAGGCAAGAGCGCCAAUUUCUCCACACAUUCUACGAACAAGGUGCAGGAUGUGUAGGAGGCUAUGUUCCAUCCGAUCUUUGGGAUCGACUCAUUCCGCAACUCGUCCAAAACAGACCCAUGAUUCGACAUGCAGUCGCAGCCGUCAGCGCUACCUGUCUACAACAAUUUUGUCCCCAGUUAGAGGCUAAAGAGCGAAAUGGAAUGGUUGCGCUCCGACAGUAUAACAAAGCCAUUAAAGACUUUCUUGAGUUUACGGCUACAGCCGAGGCCUCGGAAUUCGAGCAUGUACUCGUUGCCUGUGUCUUAUUUACAUGCCUGGAAAUGGUUAAAGGUGACCGAGGCCGGGCAGUAAAUCAUCUAGAGGGCGCGCUACGACUGCUGCAUAAAUAUCAAGCGAGAGUAGGGGAUCGUAUCAUAAAGACCGCGGUCGCCCAAUUACUCAUUCGCCUCAACAGUCAACUACCAUUUCUCGGUCGACCUUUAAUUCCCCUACCCGAGCCCAAACAUCAGCCAGGGGAAGCUAUGCAUUUUAACACGAUCGAGGAGGCCAGGGAGAUGGUUACGCGGAUGCAGCGGCGCGUUACAGAUUUUAAUACAUCGAUAUCAACAGAUGAAAAGGGAGAUUUGAUAGGCGCGGAACUACAAAAAGAAUACGCCAUGAUAUUGCAGAUGUAUGACCAGUGGGAGCCGGCCUUUCAUAGAUUGAUCGUGGAUUCAGCUAAGAAGGCCAAACCUCUCGAUCCUCGGUCCCUCUUAAUUGUCGAUAUUGCAUUCCACACAUGUGCAGUAUAUACAAAGGCGGCCGCAUCUUUAACCGAGACAGCCUAUGAUGCACACAUGUAUCAUUGGGAAGGCAUAGUCAAUGGGGCAGAACAAAUACUCCUUCUCGGCAUGAACGAGAACGUUACUCACUCGCCACUUUCCAAUCUUUUUUCCAUGGAGGCAGAAGUGAUUCCCAUGGCCUGGUGGGCGGCAGCUAGAUGCCGCGAUCCUUUUAUUCAACGCAGAGCCAUAUCCGUUCUAUCGCGCCAUUCCAGAACAGAAGGAUUCUGGAAUGCGAAAGUUUUGCUCAGGGUAGUCGAAAGAGUUCUCGAAUAUGAAGAAGCUCCUCUUGUCUCUCUGCCUAUUGGACAAAGAAUUCCAGCUGAGCACCAACGUGUAUGUCUAGCUUAUGCGGCUCCAAAGGAUGGCGUAUUCAGUAAUCCGGUUCCGGUGUUUAUGAUGACGAAGCCAGAUGGGGUUGAUAAAGCACCAAAGAUAUGGUGGGAAUAUCUAGAAUGGGAAACAAUGGAAGUAAUAUAA